UCUCAGUACGCAUACAGGACGGAUUUCUGCGAUAAGAUUUGCUGCAACGCUUGACAGCACCACCUGGUUAAACAAAGCCAGUGUGGGUCGCGCGAAUCAAAUUAACGCUGCAUUAGGAGCCACGCUAUCCGGAAAUGUGUACGUCGUUGACUGUGAUCGGAUAAGCCAGCUACCUACCUUCGUCGUCAGUUUACCAGGGACAGACCUGACUCUUCUCCCCGAACAAUACGUUCAAAAGGAUACGACGCAAGGACGAACGCAAUGUUUCAGUUUCAUCGUUUCGGACCCGGAAAUAAGAAAUGAAGACAUGGUACUGGGAAUGUCUUUCAUGGAACACUUUUUGACAAUGUUUGACCAAGAAGUGAAAAAAGUUGGAUUUCAACCGAGAGUCUGCUA